GAGAGUUGAAGAUAGUGAUGUCUAUGAGAAUCAGGAUGUAGUCAGUUGCCUGGGUGCCUUGAUUGCUGACACACCAGUACUCCCACACAAACAUAAAUACUACCAGAGACGUUAUCUCUCAUCCAUUCAUGGCUCCACAUCUCCUCCUUGUCCUGCACAUCCUUUUCUUCCUCACCGGACUCUCAGAUACACAGAGUGUGUCCACAGUGAGUCAUGUGUUUGUAAAGCAAGGAGGCUCCAUCACCAUCCCAUGUCUCUAUGAUCUGAGAUAUAGUAACAAUGUGAAAUACUGGUGUAGGGGAUAUUAUUGGUUAGUUUGCUCUACUGUUGUACGCACUGAUCAUCCUAAAACCAGUGGAAAGACCACAAUGUCUGAUGACAUCAACCAGCACAUCUUCACUGUGACCAUGACAAGUCUUAGUUCUAGUGAUUCUGAUUAUUACUGGUGUAUUUUGGAGAGGAAGAAUGAGGCAGAUGAUGGGGUUGGACUACAGAUAUCUGUUACUCCAGGUACACCAGAACUCUAUGUGGACCAACAAGAGCUGACUGGAGUUGUAGGAGGGAGUGUCACCGUGCUCUGUUACUAUAGUAAACUUGGAAGCAGCGGGAGGUGGUGCAGGAUGGGAGGCUCUUGUGUGGCUGUGGGACAUUCUGGGGCUUUAGAUAGAACAUUUGUGAAGUUAGUGCAGGAGCAGAGAGAAACCACCAACGGUUAUGUCUUAAUGAUGAAUAUGAGUGGAUUGAUGAUGAAGAACACUGGCUGGUACUGGUGUGAAAAGGGAGACCUACAGAUGCCUGUUCAUAUCACUGUCAAUCAACCAACCACAAUACAGAGCACCACCACCAUCACAACAACACAAGCUCCAACCACUCACCAAACGUCACUAACCAGUGCUGAGUCUAACACUUCUCCCAUAGUUACCCCUUCUGUUUCAAACCGCGAAAAUGGCGUAACUGAUGGGAACACAGGUGAGAAGAACCAGAGUUUGCUGGUAGUCCUGGUCAUUCCUCUGAGCCUGUUGGUGGUGUUGAUAGCUGGUACCUUGGUCACAUGGAAGAUGUUCAGAAAACAUAAGGACAAGAAGGCAAAGGACCAACCUCCAAACACCCCAGUACAGCCUGCUGACCCUGAGCAGAACAUUACCUACAGCACUGUGAGUCACAUCAGAGGAACAGCACAACAGGACCUGAACCCUGAGAGCCACAGUGACUUGUACAGCACUGUGAUUCCUAAGCAGCACAGGACAGCACAAAGGGACUCAUUUCCUGAUGAUGCAGUGACAUACAGCACCGUGGUCACCAAGAACAAGACCCAACCAAAUGCAGCAGAACCAGAUGAUGUGGUCUAUAGCACAGUGGCCCAACACCAGAGAUAGCAGGGGGUAGCAGCACAGCAGUGACUGAAUUAAAUCCUUGGUCCCAAAGACCCAGACAAGCUUUAUGGGGAUAAUACUGGAGGAUCUCAGUGUACUAAGGGAUCAGAACAAAAGUGUCCAGAUUGACAGUAAAACAGAUACUUUUAUUUGUCACCCCCUGCCCCAACCAUUUGUCCUAAUUAUUUUUAUUGGUCUCUUUUUCAAGGAUGAAUCGAAAUGUACAGAAUGGUUAUGUGGAGGGAAAUGGGGGACAGUAAUGCUUUUUCAAUUUCAGUCAAGGGGAGGGUUCAGUAUUUUUAAUUCUAGUCCAGGGGAGGGUCAUGUAAUUUGUAAUUCAUCAAAUUUCAAUAUUUCACAGUAUUUUAGAAUUAGUUGCUUAUUAGGCUAUGUGUGCCGUAUGCCGCCCCUCAUCUCUGAUUUUCCACUGGCGCGCAAUAUCAAGUUCCCUUAUAGGCUAUUUAAUGUGUGCAUGCUCGGAGAAGCACAGAGCAACGUUAUAUUUCUAAGAUACCGUAGCAGCUGGGAUGGUGUAAAUAAAACACACUGCAAUGGAUAUUCUAACCCUGAGCCCCAGGAUGCUCUGCUCUUGCUAAACAAAUACUUUUUUUGUGGGCUGCCUUACCAAUGGCUGUGUUGUGUUGGCCUUCAGCGGCAGUUCAUGAGGAGAGUCAAAGGAGUUUUUGCUUUGAUUAUGCCUUUCUUUUUGAGAAGGAGAGCACUAAGAGGAGGAGGACUGGAGAUGACUUGAUACUACUAUAAAUUAUUUGACUAAAAACAAAAUGUUCCUGGCCACUGAUGUAUUUAUCAGAGUUAUUGACCUCACAAUAAACCAGAUUGGAGUCAUUUACAUUUGGCUGCUGACACUUGAAGCAGCAGCUGCGGCACAAACAUUCGGAAAUGCACAGCUCAUGGUGCCGGAAGUAGGCAAAUUCGAGAAGACAUAAUUCAAUUCAACAGUCUUCGUUUAAAUUAGACUUUACUAACAACAAGAGGGCUUUGUGUUGGAGCCUAUUUCUUCCUAGUUUAGAAAUAAGAGUUAGGCCUAACUGUUUGACAGAUGGAAUUAGGCUAUAUGCUGUUAUAUCCAAAGAUUUGUCAGUCAAUUCCUCCACCCACCAUACACUCUUUAAAUAGCCUACCUCUAUGUCAGUGAUGAACUGUUAUGUUAAAACCAAGACUCAAAUUGCAGGGUAUGAGAGGGAUUGCCAUAAUCCUACCUUUUAUUAAAGAAAAUGGCAAAAAGCACAGGCCUAGCCCUUGUUAGCUUAAGAUUUUGAAUAAAAUAAAACAGAUCUGAUUAUAUAAAGUGAUCCACAAAAGCGCUUUGGUCAGCAAUGCUUUAUCCUAGAAACAAGCUGUAAAAUACGCGGGAAAGACGUGAUACUGAUGCAUAUGGGGAUACUGUAUCAUUGUUUAAUUUCUUUGACAUUCAGAGGCUAAGCUACAACCUAUACUCGAGGAGACAAAAAAUAGACUUUGAUUGGUAAUUUAAUUUUGUCACUAUCAAUUGAUUUAGCUAUUCACUUUUUGUACAGUAGAAGAUGUUUCAACCCAGUCAGCUUUUAGGGAAAGACUUGUAACCUUCAGUUAAAAUGUACAUUUGUCUGCGUUGGUACAGUUCCAUGUCGAACUGAGGAUCUGAGGACCCAUGCCAAAUAUUUUCAGUCUCCUGAGGGGGAAUAGGUUUUGUCGUGCCCUCAUCAUGACUGUUUUGGUGUGCUUGGACCACGUUAGUUUGUUGGUGAUGUGGACGCCAAGGAACUUGAAGCGCUCAACCUGCUACACUACAGCCCCAUUGAUGAGAAUGGGGGCGUGCCCGGUCC